UCGAGUAAUCUUCUAACCAUAUUACAUAAUUUAGGAGAAGGCAAAUAUAAAUUUCAUAAAACAGAAAACUAAAAACAAAACCUUUACCAGAAGAGAACUUAAAUGAAAAACCAUCUUUUUUUGGUGGAUUGCAGCACUUUGACUUAUGCUGCACCAGAUAUGCAAGUAUUCAACCAAGCAAAGGUUGUAGGGAAGGAAGUUUUUCAAGUCAUUCAAAGGAUCCCAGCUACAAAUGACAGUUUAGAAGAGAAGAAGAGCACAUUAAAACAUAUUGAAGGACACAUUGACAUAAGAGAAGUCCAUUUUGCUUACCCAUCUCGUCCUCAGAAACUCGUCUUUCAAGACUUCUCUUUGUCCAUUCCAGCAGGCCAAACCGUUGCCUUAGUCGGUAGCAGCGGGUGCGGAAAGAGUACAGUCAUCUCCCUUAUUACUAGAUUCUAUGACCCUCUUCAAGGUAUGCCUCACCACCCCCUUUUUUUCCUCUUCACUCUCAUUUUAAUUCAAUUUUCAUGUCAAUCUCAAGACCACUUUUCUCCAGGUGAUAUUUUUAUAGAUCAUCAGAACACCAAGGAUCUGAAUCUGAAAUUCCUCAGGACUAACAUUGGAAUAGUUUCCCAAGAGCCUGCACUUUUUGCUGGAACUAUUAAGGAUAAUAUCAAAAUGGGAAAUAUUGAUGCAGAUGAUAAACAGAUAGAAAAUGCAGCAUUUAUGGCCAAUGCACACUCUUUUAUAUCUGAACUUCCAAACCAGUACUCUACAGAGGUAGUUGGACAAGGGGGAACUCAACUGUCAGGAGGUCAAAAGCAAAGAGUAGCUAUAGCAAGAGCAAUUCUCAAGAAUCCAAAAAUUCUCUUACUAGAUGAGGCCACAAGUGCAUUAGAUUCAGAGGCUGAGAGGUUGGUUCAAGAUGCCCUUGAAAAGGCUAUAAUUGGAAGGACAACCAUUUUGAUUGCCCACAGAAUAUCAACCAUUGUUGGUGCUGAUAUGAUUGCUAUCAUAGAAGAUGGAAGAGUUUCAGAGACAGGAACACACCAAAGCUUGCUAGAAACAAGCACAUUCUAUAGAAACUUAUUCAACCUCCAUAGUAUCAAACCACUUCAAGACUCAAGCAACUCAAAUUCUUUGUCAGAACCAGGAAGUACCCAUCAAGAAGCUCAAUCUAGUGAUCUUGAUCAAGACGAAAAACCUGAGCUCGAGAAUUCGAAAAUAGAUUCAAUGAGCCAAGAGGAAGAGAAAGUGAAAGUAAAAGAAAUGUUCUUUAGAAUCUGGUUUGGGUUGAGUAAAAUAGAGAUUAUGAAGACUAGUUUUGGAUCUUUGGCUGCAGCUUUGUCUGGCAUUUCGAAGCCUAUCUUUGGAUUCUUUAUCAUAACAAUUGGAGUAGCCUACUAUAAAAAAAAUGCUAAGCAAAAAGUUGGGUUAUACUCCCUCAUCUUUUCUCUAUUGGGAUUAUUAUCACUUUUUACUCACACAUUACAACACUAUUUCUUUGGAGUGGUGGGUGAGAAAGCAAUGAGAAACCUCAGAGAAGCUCUAUAUUCAGUUUCAGUUGUACUCCGCAAUGAAGUAGCUUGGUUUGACAAACCUGAAAACAACGUUGGUUUACUUACAUCAAAGAUAAUGAACACCACUUCCGUCAUAAAAACCGUAAUAGCCGAUCGAAUGUCUGUCAUUGUACAAUGCAUCUCCUCCAUUCUCAUUGCCACAAUAGUGAGUUUUAUCAUCAACUGGAGAAUGGCUCUAGUUGCUUGGGCUGUCAUGCCUUUCCAUUUCAUUGGUGGCCUAAUACAAGCCAAGUAUGCCAAAGGAUUUUCAAGAGAUUCUGCUGAUGUUCAUCAUGAACUUGUUUCAUUAGCCUCAGAAUCAGCAACCAACAUAAGAACUAUUGCUUCUUUCUGUCAUGAAGAACAAAUAAUGAAAAGAGCAAGAAUUUCACUAGAAGAACCAAUGAGAAAAGGUAAGAGAGAGAGUAUAAAGUACGGAAUCAUUUACGGCGUCUCUCUUUGCUUAUGGAACAUUUCAAAUGCCAUUGCUUUGUGGUACACAACAAUUUUGGUUAGCAAGAGACAAGCAUCUUUUGAAGAUGGUAUAAGAUCAUACCAAAUUUUCUCCCUCACAGUACCCUCAAUCACUGAAUUGUGGACAUUAAUUCCAGCCGUCAUCAAAGCCAUCGACAUAUUAACUCCAGCAUUCCACACACUUGAUAGAAGAACACUGAUUGAACCUGAAAUACCAAAAGGUGAAACAACAGAUAAAAUUGAAGGGAGAAUUGAUUUUCAAACUGUAAACUUCAAAUAUCCUUCAAGGCCAGAAGUCAUUGUUCUUAAAAACUUCAGCUUACAAAUCAAAGCAGGAUCAGAUGUUGCACUCAUAGGACCAAGUGGGGCAGGAAAAUCCUCUGUUUUGGCACUUUUGCUAAGAUUUUAUGACCCUGAAAAAGGUAAUAUCCUUAUUGAUGGAAAAGAUAUAAAAGAAUACAAUCUAAGAACAUUGAGGAGACAAAUAGGAUUAGUCCAACAAGAGCCAGUUCUAUUUAGCUCAUCUAUCAGAUAUAAUAUUUGCUAUGGAAGUGAUCAAGUGUCUGAAGCUGAAGUUUUGAAGGUGUCAAAAGAGGCUAACAUACAUCAAUUUGUAAGUUCUUUGCCUGAUGGAUAUGAUACAAUUGUUGGAGAAAAAGGUUGCCAACUAUCAGGAGGACAAAAGCAAAGAAUAGCCAUUGCUAGAACACUUUUGAAGAAGCCAGCAAUUUUGCUAUUGGAUGAACCAACUAGUGCAUUAGAUAUUGAAUCUGAAAGAAUUUUGGUUCGUGCUUUGGAGUCAAUAAACGGGAACAAUGGCUCUAGAACUACCCAGAUAACAGUUGCUCAUAGACUCUCUACUGUGUCAAACUCAGAUGUUAUUGUAGUUAUGGACAGAGGUGAGGUUGUGGAGAUUGGUUCACAUGCCACUUUAUUGACAACUCCUGAUGGAGUGUACUCAAAACUCUUUAGGAUACAGAGCCUUGUUGAAGAUUAAUAUCUUAAAUCAUUAAAAGUAGGAUGUAGGAGUAAUAUCUUUGUAUAAAAAGGAAGUACACAAUGGAUGUUUUGAAAUUACAAUGAUGGAUAAUAGAACUAAAAGUGAGAGUACAUGGACCAAAAUGGAGGUUUUGGAA